GUCAAUGUCAUCCGCUGCGGAAAGAAUCGCCUGCAUUGGAGAAAAGCCAAAUUUUUUCGAAAAUCACUAAUAAAAAAAUACUGACUGUGAAUUUUGUGUGAAAAACUCAAAAUAUUUUCCGGAAAAGUUUAAUAAACAAAAACAAUGUGUUACUAAGUGCGUGAUUGAAGAGUCAUGUCUGAGGAACAUGACCUGGAUUUUCCUAUGAACGACGAAAAACACGAUGAAGAAAACGAAGAAAAAGUGGCCGGAGAUGAGGACGCAGUAGUUGACACUGAACCGACGAACGAAAAUGCCGGAGAAUGUCAAAUAACGGUAGAUACCGAAAAACCAAGUGCCAAUACCUCCAAAGAAGACAGUGCCAUAGAUGCCAUAGAUAAAGAGACUCUGAGUAGUGAGGUGGACGAGAAGAAGGAUUUAUAUGGUGCCAACGAGAAAUCCACGCUCCGCUGGACUGCGGAAGGGAAUGAGUUCAAGAUAGCAUGGAACCUGCCACCGGGAACUGCUACCAACGACGAUUACAUCGCAUUAUGUUGCACAGGUAAGCGCUUCGUAAUUGGCGUCACGAUCCGCUGAAG